GGAAGGGCCAUCAUCAUCAUUUACUUUCCUUAACCAUUCUUCCUUCCUCUGCCAAGCGAUCCGAGUUGGGAACCCAGUAAAACGAGUUGCUGACUCGGCGGUACAGCCGGCGGUUCCUCCUCUCUGCGCACCCAAAUCGAAUAUCUCGUCAUCAUUAUCUCGUAACUGUCACGAUAUAUUCGAUUCCAUUUCCUUCUUAUCACUCUUUUGCUUCAUCUUCAAACUCACUCACACACACACUCUUCGUUUUCCCCAAUCUCUCUCUCUGUUCCAUAAAUUCUGGAAAUCGUGGAUGAUUUUGAUAAGAUCUCGAUAGAGCUAACUGCUACUUUGAUUUUCUGAGAACUCGGUUUUCCUUAAUUUGAAGGUUGCUAUGCUUGGAUUGGAUUGGAUUGACUCGUUCAAUUCAACAUCAAGCUUUGAUUAUUGAUUUGGAUUCGAGUGAUUUUUGCUUUUUUCGGUUUGAUUUUGAUCUCUUCUUCGAGGAGAGUAGUUCUGUUCUGUGUUGUGGUGGAUAUAGAGAUUCUUGAGGAGGCAACAUGGUUAGCGGGAGUAUCUUUCAUUUCAGAAAGAAUUCAUGGCCUGCUGAAGAGUAUAUAAGCAAAUCCACUUUACAGCGUUUUGAUUACGAUAGUGCUGCUCCUCCUGAACAAGCUUGGAGAAGGAAAUUGAACAGCCAUGCCAAUCUUCUUAAAGAAUUUAAAAUCACUUUUAUGGAAGCUAUAAAGAUGGUUCGAUUAGGCAUUCGCAUGUGGUCAUAUGUUAGGGAAGAGGCUUCUCAUGGAAGGAAAGCACCUAUAGAUCCUUUCACUCGAGAAAGUUGCAAGCCGUCUGCAUCGCAAGGAGUUCCACUUGGUGGGAUGGGGAGUGGCAGCAUAUCAAGAGGAUUUAGAGGUGAGUUUAGACAAUGGCAAAUUAUUCCUGGCUUAUGUGAACCGUCACCUGUCAUGGCCAACCAGUUCUCUAUUUUUAUAAAUAGAGAGGGAGGAAACAAAAGUUUUGCAUCAGUUUUGGCUCCUGGACAGCAUGAAGGUUUAGUAGGGUCUAGCAAGAAAGCUGAUGAUCAGGGCAUAUCAUCAUGGGGAUGGAAUCUAAAUGGCCAGCAUUCAACUUACCAUGCUUUGUUUCCAAGAGCUUGGACAAUAUAUGAUGGCGAGCCAGAUCCAGAACUAAAAAUAUCAUGCCGGCAGAUAUCCCCUUUCAUACCACAUAAUUAUAAAGAAAGCAGUCUACCUGCUGCUGUUUUUGUCUAUACGUUGGUAAACACUGGCAAGGAAAGAGCUAAAGUCAGCCUUCUAUUUACUUGGGCGAAUUCCAUCGGUGGAAACUCACACUUGUCAGGAGAUCAUGUGAAUGAACCUUUCAUAGCUGAAGAUGGAGUCUCCGGUGUACUUCUAUAUCACAAAACAGGAAAAUGCAACCCUCCUGUUACUUUUGCCAUAGCUGCAUGCGAGACACAGAAUGUUAGUGUUUCUGUUUUGCCUAGUUUUGGGCUGUCUGAAGGAAGUAGCGUAACAGCAAAAGGAAUGUGGAGUAAAAUGGUGAAGGAUGGGCAUUUUGACCGGGAAAAUUUCUCUUCUGGACCUAGUAUUCCCUCAUCACCUGGAGAGACACUAUGUGCUGCUGUUUCUGCUUCCACUUGGGUAGAACCCCAUGGAAAAUGCACUGUUGCAUUUAGUCUUGCAUGGACAUCUCCAAAAGUGAAGUUUGUAAAAGGAAGUUCUUUCCAAAGGAGAUAUACAAAAUUUUAUGGGACUUCUGAUAGAGCUGCAGUGGACUUGGCCCAUGAUGCAUUGACACAUUACAAACGAUGGGAAGAAGAGAUUGAGAAAUGGCAGGGUCCUGUUCUUAAGGAUGAGACAAUACCUGAGUGGUACAAGUUUACAUUGUUUAAUGAACUCUACUUCCUUGUUGCUGGUGGAACGAUUUGGAUUGACUCGCCAUUGCAAUCUCCGCUUGUGAGGAGUGACCGGGAUCAGGUGAAUGCGUUGCAAAAUGCAGUUGUCAAAGUUACUGAAGCUAAAGUGGACUGCCGAACAAGGGAAGUUGUUGAGUGUACUACAGAUAGUACCUAUGAUUCUACUACUUCUAGAGGGCAUAAUCAUGUAUAUGAAAAUCAUUUUGUAGAUGAGUCUCAUGAAAAUGAAUCUGUGGAUACUCUCAGAAGAGAAAACUCUAUUGGCACUCACAAUACCUCAACAAUGAUGGGCCAACAAUAUGAUGAUAAUGAUGUUGGAAGGUUCUUGUACUUGGAAGGAGUGGAAUAUAUCAUGUGGUGCACAUAUGAUGUGCACUUUUAUGCUUCAUUUGCGCUUCUUGCACUCUUUCCUCGUAUUGAAUUAAAUAUACAGCGUGAGUUUGCUAAAGCUGUCUUGUGCGAGGACGGCAGAAGAGUUAAGUUUCUGGCAGAGGGAAACUGGGGGAUUCGUAAGGUUUAUGGGGCUGUGCCACAUGAUUUGGGUACACAUGAUCCGUGGUUUGAAAUGAAUGCUUACAACAUUCAUGAUACUAGUAAAUGGAAAGACCUGAACCCAAAAUUUGUACUUCAGGUGUAUCGAGAUUUUGCUGCAACAGGUGAUUUGCAAUUUGGAGUUGACGUGUGGCCUGCUGUUCGUGCUGCAAUGGAGUACAUGGAUCAAUUUGAUAGGGACGGCGAUUGCCUUAUUGAGAAUGACGGGUUCCCUGAUCAAACAUACGAUACAUGGACGGUCCACGGUGUGAGUGCUUACUGUGGGUGUCUUUGGCUUGCUGCUCUUCAAGCUGCAGCUGCCAUGGCCCUUGAACUAGGUGACAGAGAUUUUGCGGAAUCAUGCAAGAGGAAGUUUAUGAAGGCGAAGCCAGUUUUUGAAGAAAAACUGUGGAAUGGUUCUUAUUUUAACUAUGACAGUGGAUCAAGUGGUAAUAGUAAAUCCAUUCAAGCAGAUCAAUUGGCUGGGCAAUGGUAUACAGCUUCCUCAGGGCUUCCCUCCCUUUUUGAUGAACCUAAAAUAAAAAGUGCUCUCCGUAAGGUUUAUGAUUUCAAUGUAAUGAAAAUUAAAGGAGGCAGGAUGGGUGCUGUAAAUGGCAUGCAUCCCAAUGGUAAGGUGGAUGAGACCUGUAUGCAGUCUCGCGAAAUAUGGACAGGUGUAACCUAUGGUGUUGCUGCUACUAUGAUACUUUCCGGAAUGGAAGAAGAGGCCUUCAGAACUGCUGAGGGUAUAUUUCUAGCAGGCUGGUCAGAAGAUGGAUACGGAUACUGGUUUCAGACUCCAGAGGCAUUUACAAUUGAUGGGCACUACCGGUCUCUCAUAUAUAUGAGGCCACUGGCAAUUUGGGGCAUGCAAUACGCAUUAACUCUGCCUAAGGCAAUUCUUGAGGCCCCUAAAAUGAACAUCAUGGACAGAAUCCAUAUAUCCCCUCUUAAUGGAGGAUUCUCUCACAAUGAAACAGGUGUGAGAAAGAUUGCAACAAAAGCAAAAUGCUUUAGCAAUUCUGUGUUUAAUUGUGCUUGCUGAUUGGUAACAUGUAAGCACAUAAUUUUUGUAUAGGUAACUUCUUCAAAUUGUUCCCUUACUGAAUCCUCUGCUAGAGCAAUUAACAAUGGUGGUCGAGUCCGGGGGAGUGUGUAUUAGAAAUAAGGAGAGUUCGGUUGUAACUUGUAACUUAUAGCCUUUUAGGUUAAACCAUGAAGUUUACCUUUUUCUGUAAUUGUACAUUCUUAUUUAUGUUCUUGAGAUGUUAUCUAAA